GUUGAACAAAUGCCUUUGAUAGAGUCCACUCCACCCCCACUCCCGGCAAACCCUCCUCCUUCUUCAGUGGCUUCAUUUGCUGCCACCACAAUGGCACCCGAAUUGACAGAUGCUUCGCUCGCUAACACCACAGAAUCCGCAAUUAUACCACCACCCCUAGUAGCCUUGGAGACUAAACCCGAUAUGCCCAAUGAAAUUACUCCCGAACAACACGAAACUCCAAUUGUUACAAAUAAUGAAACUGAAGUUAAUCCACAACCCCCUGCCUUUAAGGAAGUCGACGAUAAAGUUGAGAGUGUAGAGAAAGAUAUUGGUACGCCAACUGAACAUGUUAAACCUGUAAACGAAGUCCACGACGAAGUUGUUAAUGUUGUGAAAGAAGAAAUCGAACCGCCUACUCCGUCCGUUAAAGAUGAAACUGAGACCGUGCCACGAUUGAAUGAAGUUGCUGAAGAAAAUAUCGUCGAAGUAGAAAAGGCUGAACAAGACACACAAGUAAUUGAGACUGCACCUGUUACCACGAAUGUAGAACCCGAACUUGAUCUCCCGCCGCCUGCGACUGAAGUGUGCGAAGAAAUAAUUGUUGAUGAUGUCAAGCCUGAACCGGAACUGAACCACCUGCCCGAGGCACCCAUCGAUAACAUCGAAUCAAAUAAUGAAUCGAAUGAAACCAAUAUUGAAAAUAUCCAAAACGGAAUUGCUAAUUUAGGUGCUUUGAAAGCGGAAGACUCCAAUGCCGAGGAGAUUUCUGAGCCUUGCAUAUCGCCGCCCGCCGAGCCCGAACUCGCCGAAGUUCCCGACGCGCUCGACUCCGCCGAGGACCUGCCUCCCCCGCCCCCCGCAGACGACCUCGCCGAGAGUUUAGACGCCGUCAACAUUUCCGAUAAAGUGGACAUUUCCAAUCACGUGUCUGACAUCGUCAGCGAAACGAACGGUAUCGCAAAGGAGACGAACGGGACGGAAGACGUGAACGGGAGCCUUCCCGAGCCGCGAGCGAACGGAGUAGAGGCGGCCUGCAACGGCGACGCGGAGGCCGCGCCCCGGGCUCCCGGCCCCCACCCGGACCCCGCCUCACAGGAGCCGAUUGUGGUCAGCGACAAAAUGGCUGACUUGAUCCCAGAAAUACCAGUCGUCCCAGAGCUGAAAACUGAAACGGAGACGACGAGCGACGUGGCGGUGGCGAACUAAACCCGCCCAGCCCCAGACGUCCAGCGACACUUGUGUCAUGUAAUGAGCCUUUAAUUUAUUGUCAAUCUCACUGUGGCGUAGAACAUCGAACUAAGUUCGAUCAUACAUACAUAUAUAUAACUGUCAGAUAUGUGGAUUUCCGUUGCGAUGGUGACCUUUCAUAUAGAUUGAACAUAGUAUAAGUUUAGCGUGCUUUGCUUUUGUAAAAUUAAGAUUUUAUACAAUUUAUUCGCUAGGAUCGAUCCUUUUAUAAUUAUAUACGAUAACAAAGUUAUGUAGGCAGUAUACGGUGCGAUGAGUUGGUGCCAUUAUUACAGGGGUAUUAGUUGACGUCGGCGCGAGAUGCGUGCUCCUUAAUUGUCGGAUUUCUGCUUCUGAUGAACUUCAUUCAUUAUAUUAUUUACGACUUUACAUUACAUAUUGGAUUUGAAUAGAUCUCAACAUUGUACCAAUGUUUGUUUUCUGUUGUUAGGAGAACGAAUAAAUUGAGCAUAGUUCUUAUGUCGGUGGUAUUAUGUUGUGAACAGAGAUUUAGUUAUAUGUUGCGGAUGCAUUCCUAAAUUUAGAUAGAUAUCGUAGGUUCGGUGUGAUGUCGCGGGGAGCCCGAGGCGCGCCCGGGGCUCUGGGUGUGGACCUAUAUCGCUCGACGAUCAUAGAAGUAUAAUCUGUUUUAUUUUGUAGUUUGAAACAUUAUUAUAAUGUAUAUAUGAACAAUUUGAAUCCCUUUUACAUUACUCGAAUAAUUAUGUUGAAUGCGUGCCCAUUGAAGAUUAAAAUUACAUAUGUUAUCGAUUUGAAGAUGAGAUGGAUUACAAUGAAUUCUCAAUUAUCUCAUUGGUGUGUUAUAUUUUAUGCACUUAUAUAAUUAUUCUGCUCAUAUUAUUAGUUUAAUUAAGUUGUAUAAAUUUAGUUUGAAUACUGCUCUCUUUUGACGCGAACUCAAAAUUAAGUAUUGAAAAUUUACUCGUACGUCUAGUGAGAUAUUAUUCAGUAAGGUUAGACAAUUCGGUCAGUGUCGUGAACGUGUAACGCAUAGGUUACCCCAUCAAUGACAAAUUUUAGAAUUUUUACUCAGCGGCCAAUUUUUUUAUUACAAUAUACAAUUUUUAUGCAUAUACAUACCUAAUAUAAUUAUACUGUAAUGUUUAGACUUGUAGUAUGUGUAACAGAUAGUGAGGCAGAGUGUCAGAGCUGCCAUUAGUGAAAGUCGGUUUGAACCCAACUGAGAACGGCUCAUUCAAUUUGAUAUAACUAUACAAUUGUAAUUCGUCUACAGUGUUUCAAGUUCAAUAAUUGUAUGAUUUCAUAAUCAUUUUUGUAAUUUUAUACAAUUUUUUAAGAAAUUUGAAAGUGGCACAUCUGCGUGACUGGGAGAUUCCUCCAAGUAAAAUUAGCAGUAACCAUGAGUGAGACAUUCCAUAUCAAACGCUAAUCGUUGCUCAGUAUUCGGUGCGUUCCAUCCCACCUCUAGCGUAGACAGCCUGCCGCCUUCGAGCUCGUUCCCACCUGUCGGCUAUCGGAUCCGUAUAUUAAUCGGAUGUCGGCGCCUUUGUUCACACACACGAUCGGUUGUCGGCCACGGUCGAAGCUAGUGCCAAUUUCAAGCACUCUACGCGAGGCGAUUGUGCACGAUGGACGUCGACGAAGCUCUUGUUGUGAUGUAUUAUUAUUUGAGAAGAAAACGAAGAAAGACAGCCAAGGAAAGAAAAUAUUGGGUGCACCCAAUCCUGAGAGAAAGAUUUAGUUUGGGAACAUUUCAGAAUUUAAUAACAGAAUUGAGGAGUGACGAAAUUAAGUUUUUCAAUUAUUUUAGAAUGUCGAUAACUACAUUCAACCAUCUAUUGGCUCAAAUAUCAGUGAGCAUAAACUACCAAAAUACGAGAUUUAGAGACUGCAUUUGUACUGAAGAAAGGUUGGCGAUAUUUUUAAGGUAAUAUAAUUAUACAUAUUAAUUUGUAUAAAGGAAGAGAUAAAACAGUCACUUUUAGUUCACAUAUAUUUAUUGAAAGAAAUAACUUUAAUUUUUUUUAAUUACGAAAACAAAUUAGUGGAGUUAAAUAUUACUAAAAUCUAAGUCCGAAUCUUGAGUAUUACUUGAAUGUAGUGACAAAGUAGGUGAUGCUGGUUCAACGAGUUGGCGUGUCGAAUAUCCAUAUCCACUUGAAGGGAAGAUAUUAUUCUGGUUUAAUGGUGGGUGCACAUUCUGGUUUUGUGACGAAUAUACAGAUUGUUGCACGUGAUCUCUUGAUUGUGAAUGCCAACCAUAGUUUGAUGAGUAUAAACGACUUUCACGCUGCUUUUUAAUAUUUUGAAUCAGUGACAGCACGCCUGAUUGAAACUCUAAAGUUUCAUUAUCGUCAAAAGACGUAACGCUCGGUAGAACACCUUUAAAAAAAGAGAGCAUUGGAUGUUCGUUACUUCUGUCUGACUGUAGCCUGCUAUCUAAAAACUGGCUCAUUUUGUCAUCGAGACAGGAGGUUUUGGGCUUUUUGGAAGUGCUUGGUAAUAGCAGCUCUGAAUUUAUAUCUGUUGUAUUGGCCGCUGAUGCCUCGGGACAUGUAUCUGUUGGACGCUUCUUGACAGAAUCAUGAGUUCGAUUAGGCUCAGCCACUUUUUGCAGAAAACUCAUCUGUUCUUUAUAUAUAUAUGGCUUUGAAAACUUAGCCCCUGCUCCGGAUUUUUUGACGUCAUUUUUAUUUGCUCGCAUCCAGGCAUCUCGUAGAUUCGACCACUUUGUAGAUACUAAUUUACCUGCAAUUACAAUAGGUACAUAUAGAAAUGUUAAUUAUUUUACCUACUUAAUUAUUUUACAGAUAUUGCGCAUCGGGUUGUUCCUUCAAAGAAUUGCACUAUAGUUACAGAGUUGGUGUGUCAACUAUUAGUAAAAUCUGCAAAGAAAUUAGUUCCACUAUCUGGGAUGUAUUAAGAGACGAGUUCAUGCAAAUUCCUGAUAAUGAGCGUAAAUGGUUGGAAAUUGCAAAAGGUUUUGAUAUGAAAGCCAACUUUCCGCACUGUCUUGGAGCAGUUGAUGGUAAGCACAUAAGAGUGGUGAAACCAAACAAUACUGGCUCGAUGUAUUUUAAUUACAAAGAUUAUUUUUCAUUUGUUUUACUAGCCGUUGUUGAUUCAGAAUAUCGUUUUAUUUUUAUGAGUGUUGGCUCGUAUGGAAAAGAAUGCGAUUCUUCAAUAUUCAAGGAGUCAACUAUAUGGAAGAAACUGAAUGAUGGUAGUUUAAAUAUACCAAAACCAAGGCCUCUACAUGCAACACUUCAAAAUGAUAUGCCUUAUGUUCUCGUGGGCGAUGAGGCUUUCCCUCUGUCAACAAAUUUGUUAAGACCUUUUGGAGGCACUCAUUUAGACCACAUGAAAAAAAUAUUUAACUAUCGUUUAAGUCGGGCAAGAAUGUACGUUGAAUGCGCAUUCGGUAUUUUAGCCAAUAAAUGGAGAAUAUUUCAUCGGCCACUGGAUGUCCACCCAGACACGGCUAUCGAAAUUGUAAAAGCGUGUACAGUAUUACACAAUUUUGUAAGAGAAAAGGACGGUCUGAACUUUGAAGAUAUUCAUUAUGCGGCAGAAAAUCCGAUGCAAGAACAAGUACAACUGCAAAACUGUAAUCCACGUGGUGGUCCUAUUGCAAAUUAUAUACGGUCUGAAUUUGCAAACUACUUCGUUUCAACAAUAGGCUCGGUGCCUUGGCAACCAGAAGCGCAUGGUUAAUAUUUAUGUUUUGAAUUUUACGUAUAUUAUUAAAUAAAUAACUUCAAACACUUACCACA